AUGGCAGAGCCGGCAUCCGAACCGAAACCGAUCGUGGCACCGGAAUGGCUGAACGCGUCCUUCUUCGAAAGCAUCCUUCGCACGUCGGAACACGACAAGAAUCUGCGCGUGACGGGUGUCGAGGCGACGCCGGUCGGUAAGCCGGGCGAGUAUUUGGCCAGUCAACCGUUCCGCUUUACGGUGGACUAUGAGAGCGUGAAACGGGACGCUGGCCACGCCGGUACGAUCAAGCUGGUGGUGAAGAUACUGCCGGAGAGGGGGGUGAUCGGUGGGCAGGGCACGCUGGACCAGGAACUGUUCCGAACGGAGCUGAAGAUGUACGGCGAGUUCUUGCCGAAGAUGCAGCGCGUCUUGGACGACGGUGACCGGCCGGUCCUGUUGGCGAGGUGUUUGCACAGCGCCGAGAAGCCGCAACCCGUGAUCGUUAUGGAGGAUCUGGCUCCGGCCGGCUGGCGGGGUCACGAUUUGAUCGAAAGCUUCGCAGAGGCCAAACCGAUCACCGUGGCCAUCGCACGGUUCCAUGCUGCUUCGUUUUAUCUGAGCAAAAAUAAAACGGACUUCGAAGGGUUCCAGUCGGAUGUGUUCCAGCGCAAGGACCCGGUGGUCGAGUGGAUGUUUGGCAAAAACCUGAAGGCGUUCGUCGACGCCAUGCGCACCUGGGAGGGAUGUGAGCAGCUGGUGGAGCCACUCGAGCGUACCGUGGAGGAUUGCAGCGAGCGACUGCACCGCAUCUACUGCUGCCACACACCGGGCCGGGCCUACAACGUGCUGAACCACGGGGACUUUCACUCGAAAAACCUUCUCCACCGGUUCAACGACGAGAACGCGAUCGUCGAGUCUCGGUUUCUCGACCUGCAGGCGUGCUGUUGGUCAUCGCCGGCCAUCGAUCUGUACUACCUGCUGAACACCAUCGUGCACUACAAGGUGAAGGCCAACCACAAGGAUGAUUUGAUUUCAAUGUACCACCGAGAAUUUACCGCUACGCUGAAGGCGAUCGGAUACUUUGGAGCCGUCCCGACGAUGUUGGACUUGCAAACCGAACUGCUGCGCAACGCUUACCUAGAUGUACUGCAUGUGACCUGUUUUCUGCAGUUCCGAUUUAUCGACUUCUCGAAAGUUCCCCCGGAGAAGCUGGCCACCGGGCAGAUCGGUAAUGUGGGGCUCGAAAAUGAAGACUACCAAACGCUGGUCAAACAACUACUGCCCGGCUACCUUCAUAAGGGUGUUUUGGAAUGA